AUGUUCAAGAUCGACCCUAGGGCAUUCGAGCCCGUCUCUCCAUAUGGAGAUGAGAGCGAUGACAGCAUCUCGGUGACAUCAACAGUCUCGGGGCAUGACCCCGACCAGGAGUUCGGCGUGGAGAAUAUCCUAGCCCAGCGCCAAUUUAAGGACGGCAACAUGUACUACCUCGUAGAAUGGACAGACUUUCCACUACACGAGAGUACUUGGGAACCUGAAUCAAAUAUUAGCGCCGACCUCAAAGCGAUCUGGGAGGAGGACAAGGCCAAACAUGCGACCGGCGAACUGAAACCUUUCGAUAUUCAAAAGUUCGAGGACGCGCAGGAAGAGGCAAGCAGGGGGAAAUUGUCUCGUCACCGCCGCCGAAACCGAAAGCGAAAAAGGUUAGGCCUGGAAUUGACAGAGCCUUUCGACAAGAAUUCAAGCGACGAGGAAGCCGUGGAGGAAACCGGAAUCGAGACCUCACUCCCAGAACCCACGCAAGCAGUGCGGCCUCAAAAUCCGCAAAAGAAUGCAAAAGAGGUUUCCAGCCCCGAUUCUGCGACUACCCCUGCUCCAACACACGUUGUUGGCAGCUCCCAACCGCCGAACGAGGUCAGGCGGCCAAGGGGCACGGCUGAAGAACUACCAACAGACACGUCCUCGGCUAUAAGUACCAAAAGAAAACAAACCACCCCUCCGCAAACGACAGGUUACCAAGGGACAGCGAGGCCAACGAGAAAAGCUUCUGCAGAUGCGGUGCCGAAAUCAAAGACCAGGCCGACAAUUUCCAUUCCGACCAAAACCGCACCAUCAUCCAGGCCAACUACGUCCGGCAUUCGUAAAACUCUAACGGCCAAGAAGAGCGCAACACAGCCAGCGGGCAAUAUCUUUACGAGCGGCAAAAUAAGAAAACUACGGCCCGGCCUUAAGGAUACGAUGUCGGAUCUAACUAAAGAGCCGAAGUUGUUCGCCAAACACCGCCAAUGUAGACAGGCCUACUUAAGAAGUCGCGAUAAAGAAGACAUUGCUCCUAAUGUUUCACAACUGGACCUGCUCGACCUUCGUAGCAAACAGACCAUCAGCAGGCAAAGCUCAGGGCGCUCGGUCUUAAGCCCCACCCAGCAGGCGUUUUCCCCCCAACAGGAAACUUACUCGCCAUCGGAACCUCCGCAAACAAGGACGUCUGCCAUUAGCCCGAAGUCAACCCUCACAGACACGCAAGGGGGGCGGUCGAAGAAGAAACGGAAGUCUGUGCGGUUCCUGGAAGAUGAUGAAGACCAAUCUUUUCUUGUUCAAGAACCAGAACAGAUAGAUAUUGAUGGCCCUUCUACCCGAGAGGCUUUCCCUCCUCCUUCUCCUCGACAGAGACCCAGCCUGGACCUGAACCGUUGGACACCGCCGGUUCAAGGCAACCAGAGCGCAGACAAGAAGCUAGUACUCGGCCAGUCCUCCGUUGACGUCACCUUCAAUGGCCUCCCGCGUGAACCAUCGGGCCAGCGGGCAUGGCUAUCGGAUUUCCUGGCGGAAAGCACUCUCGAGUUCAGGCAUACUUGCUUUUCUGGGACGGCUGCUGCCAAGAUGAACACACUGGUCCAAGAGCGGCUUGCUAGCGGGACAAUCACAUCGGAAGAGAGUGAACCUUCUCUGAGGCGAAUGGCAGAAAACUUGACGGCUGGCUUGCUGGCCCUUUAUUACGGCCAAGCGGAGUACAAUGUCUUGAUUUACCCGACGAAAUGCGACGAAUGGAGAGCAAUUCUGCCCGGCAUGCAGCCCGCGAGUCCGUCCGAGGAAGUGCUAGGAUAUCUCAUAUUCGCCUCCCUAGACAAUCUCGGGCUCAUGCUACCGCCAGCAGCCCCCCCACCGGAAUCCCGAGUGAAACUCGGAGACUCAAAGAUAAAGACCGAACACAAGGCCGGCGCCUCGGCGCGAGAGUUGCUGGUCAAGCGGAUUUUCAAUUUCGAUUACAAGAAACUCCUUCCGGUAUCGCUGCUCCAAAGGCCGCCUUCCGAGCAUGCCUUUUUCCUGGCGAUCCCGGCCUCGCGAAGGGAAAUCGGACAAGCGCUCUACCACUGGCUACGCGGCAAGAAUUCCGAAUGCCAGGUCUUCACGAGCCAUGAUGCCGGAGGCUGGGACACCUUCAGAUCACGAGUCGAAACUAUUCCUGGCGUGGUCAUCAUCCACGAGACACUAGGAUGGAGCUUGCGCCGCUUCCCGAAUCUCUCGCGAUAUCUCAUCACAAGAAAUGACGAAUACUGGUGCAUCUCUGAGCCGGUCCACGGUGUGCCCCUCUACCCGUCCGUUUCGAUACCCGAGUAUCCGGUGCCCCCGGGGGAUAUGCACCUUGCACGGCUGUUCCCGUACCGCACAGCCAUCUUUCUCACGCCUAGCUUCCUGGUCUCUGAACCCCGGCGCUCACUCGAGUUUCUCGCAUGGUUCUCGAAAUGGGUUGGGAAGUUUUACUACCGCCUUGUCACCGCCUACAAUAUCCACGAGUACCUCGCAGAGCUGGCCGAAGAGAGGUACCAGGCCCGGCAAGAUCUGCUGAGCUGUCCGAGCGACAUGCAGUUCGACGUUGAGGCCAACCUCAACGCACUGAGCCGAGAUGACUGCAGUUGCCGGUUCGCGAUAGCUGAUCUGGCCGCCGAUCUGCAUGUUGAGCGGAUGGUCCAGGCCGGGCCGCUCGCCCAUGACGAGGACAGCAGUCCAGUCAUAUAUGCCGACUCGUCGAUCGAUCCAAAUGACGAACAGAGUUUGGUCAACUGGUUUGGCUGGUGGGCCACGCUGAGAGCCGACCAAUUCCGCAAGUUCCACGUCAUCGGCUCGAGCCAGGCGAUCAAGAUGCAUGGAUGCAGGAGGGGAGAGCGACGCGUUCGGAUACCGAAGUACUCAAAAGUCACGACGAAUGACCCUGAUGCCGUCUUGGAGGUCCUCCAGGAAAGGAACGACCAAGUCGAGGCAUCAGGGGCUGAUGCCUAUAAGGAUGACGGCAGAAUGCAAGCCUCUCGCGCCGGGCAGGUCGGGCAGGCCGAACAUGGCUUUAACAAGGGGCGGUGGGCUUUUCGAAGCAAUAUCAUCCAAGUAGAGGAUAUGGCCUGCUUUGCUUCUUACCUCGACAGUUUAACCGUCUUGGAUGGCAGCAAAUCACAAUGGGGUCUGUAUAAAUUUCCUAUCUCCUGGUCGGACUUGGACAUGGCAACGUAUUUCGGCGACAUGGCCGCCAAGUACCGCAGAAUCUCGGACUGGUUUAACUUCACCUUUUCCUUCGGCGGUUGUCAAGGGGGCAGCAAUAUUUCUAAACCACCACACGGCUACAAUACCUACAUUGGCUUUUUUUACACCAUCGAUGAGGAAUGGGACUCCCCCGACCCCAAUGUUCCAAAACGACCACUCGAGCGCCACCCCUGGAUUGGCAUUUACCGACCGGUCAAUCCACACCGAAGGCCAUAUGGGCGGUGCGAACUCAUCAUCUGGGACCCGGCCGCGAGGACCCGCUACCCCAACGGACAGGUCCCGGCAGAAAAGGACCUCACCUUCAUGCAGCGCCAGAUGAUCCAACACGUCCGCGACCACGGCGAAGAAAAGAACUACGGCACGUGGCUCGACCAAGUCUGGUUCGGCGGCUGGGACUGGCCGGCCGAGUGCGACUCCCCUUACCCGAUCGACGUGACGCUGCGCUUCCUGCGCUGCGUGCUCAGCGACAUCCGCAACUUCCUCCCGGCCCCCGAGCCCGUCAUGGAGUCCAAGGGCUGGCGCCGCGUCGCCCUCGGCCCGCCCUUCUCCCCAUCCCCGACCAAAGCCUCCAUAACAACAACACACCAUCCAACAGCACCAGGCCGCUCCCCAGCCACCGCAAGCGCUCGCGACUCCCCCUCCCUCUUCGUCGACCAGCACCCGCCAGAGGACGUCCCCAUGGACCUCGACAGCUCCUCAGCCGGCGGCGACGCCAGCGACGACGACGACCUCGAAACGGAGCAGAUCGACGAAACCCGCGUCAUCUUCCACCCGCCGCGCGGCUACCGCAACAAAUUCCAGACGGGCGUCUUCCGCUCCCGCUGCCUCAACCGCCUGUACGAGGAGGCUCGGCUGGCGAGGGCGCGGGCGCGGGAUGCGAGUGGCCCCUCCGCUUCCUCGUCGUCGUCGUCGUCGUCGUCGCACAUGCGGUAUGCGUAUGUGCCGACCAUGGACUGGUACCGGGAGCAGAAGGCUGAGGGCAGGGCGUUUGCGCAUGUUAAUGUGGAGUCGUGGGAGGCUGUGUUUGCGGUGUUGAAGAUUGGGGCGGGGAAGAAGGAUGGUGCGGGUGGGAGUGGGAGUGUUGGGAGUGGGAAUGGGUAUUCGGGCGGUGGGCAUUCUGGUGGUGGACAUGCCGGCGGUGGUGGUGGUGGUGGCGGGAGUAGUGAUGGGGGCGAGGGUAGGAGUGUGCAUGGGAGCUGA